AUGGGCAGGAAAUUGGGAAAAAAUAAACGAUAUAGCUGUCAAUAACUAUGGUCUAAAGCACUUGCCUGAAACUAAAAACUACCCUUUGACCAGUAAAUUGUUUGGUGCUUGACUUCCUUAGUUUUGCUGACCGUAAUGUGACGGAUUAAUUAUUGCAUUUUUUAGACCCUCAGUCCACUAAGCAUCGAAGGAAAAGACGCAAAUUCAAAUUUUGGCAGAGUUAAAACAACAUCACUCAUCAUCACAGGGUGGCACGUGUCUCCCAGGUUCUCCCGGCCCACCAGGGCCGAAGGGAAAGAAAGGGUCCCCUGGCAAGUAGUAUACUAGGGUCAAACUUAACCCCGUUGGUGUCUUCCCGUCUUCCCUCGCAAAAAGUGGAUUCCCUUAAUUAAUAGGCAUAUGGGUCUAGUCUAUGACGUCACCCAUUGUUAUUACCUGCAUACUAAUUAAGUGCCUUCCUCCAUUUAUAAUGAAGUGGAUAGGUUUACUAAUGAGCGUCACUCUACUACAAUAAGAACAAUAGGCUUGCCUAGACUUGCCCGGGCUCUUUUAACCCUGAUUGAAUAGUAAACAAUCUAUUAUGUGUUUAACAUAAAAGCGCGCUUUCCCUUCAGUAUUUCAUUCUUGCAAUCGCUUUGCUAAGGAAAAAGUCUUACUAUCACCAAUAUUUUUUAAAACAUUGCUCCAAACAUGCAAGUCGAAUCGAGCUGUAAACUUGUCUGACUAUUACAGAACUGUUUUCUCCGUUUUAUCUCGAGGAAAUGAAAAACUAUUGAAGUCUCAACGUUUCACGCACCGUGAGUCAGUUAAUUAUGCGAGUUCACAAGCCCAAAGUUGAAUACAAAUUAGCUCCACAGGAAAAACCUCAAGGGAGCAUAUUGACGUAUUAUUAUAAAAAAAAUAACUUAACAAGGAUCAAUUGAUUAAACACGCGACUAAUAAUUGCUAAAACAAAACGAGUCAAAUACACAGCGAUUUGAAAGAAAACUAUUAAAAUAGUCAAAGAAAGCAAGCUAUCUUCCCUCCUCAAUUUUUUUUAUUCCCUCCACCACAAUUUUAAUAUUUUCCCUCAAUUUUAUUAUUUUCCCUCCUCAAUGUUAUUAUUCCCUCCUCCACAAUUUUAUUAUUUUCCCUUCUCCUCUUCCUCCUCCUCCUCAUUUCUAUUGUUUUCCCUCCUCCUCCUCCCCAUUUCUAUUGUUUUCCCUCCACCACCACCACCACCACCACAUUUCUAUUGUUUUCCCACCACCACCACCACCACCACCACCACCACAUUUCUAUUGUUUCCCCUCCACCACCACCACCACAUUUCUAUUGUUCUCCCUCCACCACCACCACCACAUUUCUAUUGUUUUCCCUCCACCACCUCCACCACAUUUCUAUUGUGUUCCCUCCACCACCGCCACCACAUUUUUAUUGUUUCCCCUCUUGAGUUUAGCCUAUUAGGCCUGAUUUUGGCCUCUUUGGCCUUUUGAGGGAAAACAAUAAAAAUGUGGUGGUGGUGGUGGAGGGAAAACAAUAGAAAUGUGGUGGUGGUGGUGGUGGAGGAAAAAAAAUAGAAAUGUGGUGGUGGUGGUGGUGGUGGAGCGAAAACAAUAGAAAUGUGGUGGUGGUGGAGGAACCACAUCGACCCUACAUCGACCCUACAUCGACCCCACAUGGACCCCACAUGGACCCUACAUCGACCCUAUCAAAACAAUCAAAAUGAGGAGGAAAACAAAAAAAACAAUCAAAAUGAGGAGGUGGAGGAGGGAAAACAAUAGAAAUGUGGCGGUGGCGGUGGUGGUGGUGGUGGUGGUGGUGGUGGAGGAAAAACAAUAGAAAUGUGGGGCGGUGGUGGUGCUGGAGGUGGUGGAGGGAAAACAAUAGAAAUGUGGUGGUGGUGGUGGAGGGAAAACAAUAGAAAUGUGGUGGUGGUGGUGGGAAAACAAUAGAAAUGUGGUGGUGGUGGUGGUGGUGGAGGAAAAAACAAUAGAAAUGAGGAGGAGGAGGAAGAGGAGAAGGGAAAAUAAUAAAAUUGUGGAGGAGGGAAUAAUAACAUUGAGGAGGGAAAAUAAUAAAAUUGAGGGAAAAUAUUAAAAUUGUGGUGGAGGGAAUAAAAAAAUUGAGGAGGGAAGAUAGCUUGCUUUCUUUGACUAUUUUAAUAGUUUUCUUUCAAAUCGCUGUGUAUUUGACUCGUUUUGUUUUAGCAAUUAUUAGUCGCGUGUUUAAUCAAUUGAUCCUUGUUAAGUUAUUUGUUUUAUAAUAAUACGUCAAUAUGCUCCCUUGAGGUUUUUCCUGUAGAGCUAAUUUGUAUUCAACUUUGGGCUUGUGAACUCGCAUAAUUAACUGACUCACGGUGCGUGAAACGUUGAGACUUCAAUAGUUUUUCAUUUCCUCGAGAUAAAACGGAGAAAACAGUUCUGUAAUAGUCAGACAAGUUUACAGCUCGAUUCGACUUGCAUGUUUGGAGCAAUGUUUUAAAAAAUAUUGGUGAUAGUAAGACUUUUUCCUUAGCAAA